CCUGUUCCUGAGUAUAACGAAAUCGUGUAGACUUUGCUCUCCUGUUUCUUCCCUGUUCCUGAUAAAACUAAUCGACUACGGUGAUUAAAAAUUCUGUCAUUUCUUGUGCUGUUCCUGAUAUUUAUCAAAAAAUAAUAUUAAUAUUAUCAAACUAGAACUAUUUUUCUAAAAAGGGAAAUUAAUACUUUAAUAGAAGGUUCAUCAAACAACUUGAUUUGAUUGUUUAUUUUGUUUAGAGCCAAAGACUUUGGGAGACGUUGAAAACUCACCAAAUCAAAAAUCUUAAUCUGCAGGUGGGAAGCCUCCAAAUAUCACCUCAACUUCAAAUUGAAUUACCUUCAACAAACCUAGAAAAGAUUACCCGAAACCCUUUGGAGGGAGCCUCUCCGUUUUCUGUUAUAAACUGACAUUCUCACAUGGCGUUUAUGUCACUGGGUCCCAUAGGCCACAAGCUCUCGUUAAUGGCUUACAUUCUUUUCUGAUUCUUUGCCUCUCUUCUACCCAAAUCCUUCUCUUUAUAUAUAAUUUAUUAUUAUUAUAUAUCCUUUACAAAUUCAUCUUCACCUUAGGCGACCAGGGUGUUCAAAAUCUUUAGAGAGGAAAGCAAAAGAAUCCCAUUCUCCUCCUUCCAGUUUCCAGUCCCUGGAAAGCUGUACCCUAUAACGGGAUGGACGUGACACUGCUCGACAGACAACAAGCAACUUAUCCCCUUGAAUUAUGUGCAAGUUCAGUGCCUCUGUUUCAGAGUUAUUUAGGUAGUGGACCAAUAGUUGAGCUGAAAAGACCAGAAGCUUAUUUGAGUGGUGAUGGUUUUCACGAAUUUGUCUACUUUCCAGUGGGUGGAGGACCAGAGUUUGGUGACAGUGAAAAGUUGAAUUUGGUGCCGCCUGAUGCUGCUCCCGGUUACUGCAUUUCUCGGACUUCUAGCUGUCAGAUGACAGCUUUCCAUGCUGCUGCUAUGAAAGAGGAAAGAGAGGAUAUGAUUUUGGAGAAAAUGGAAUCCACCCCUGGCAGUGGCAGCAGAGAGAGUUUUACCAAGAGAAAAGUUGUUGCAGAGCGUAAAAGCAAAGAUAAGAGGAUCAAAGGUGAACUGGAAGGGGAAUCUGAGGUGAAAACAAAAUGCAGUACACAAGUCUCCAGGAAUUCUUCAAAGGAGAAUUCCAAGGCUUGUGAGGUUCAGAAGCCGGAUUACAUUCAUGUAAGGGCGCGCCGUGGCCAGGCUACUGACAGUCACAGCUUGGCAGAAAGAGCCAGAAGGGAAAAGAUCAGUAAGAAGAUGAAAUGUUUGCAAGAUUUAGUCCCUGGUUGCAAUACGGUCACAGGGAAAGCUGGAAUGCUUGAUGAAAUAAUCAACUAUGUUCAAUCUCUCCAAAGACAAGUUGAGUUCUUGUCUAUGAAAAUCGCUGCUCUAAAUUCAAGUGCUGAAUUCAAUGUUGAAAACCUGCCUAUAAAAGAGCUUCCUUCUUACGUCGCCAAUUUUCCAGCAGCCGCUAAGUUACCAGCAAUGCCCAAUUUGACCUGCUUUCAGUUAAAUUCAAUGCAAAAAGAAGCUGUAAAUUGCAUGUUAAAUGAAACAAUGCAUCCUCCCCUAACAGCAACUGAAGGAAUUGCAAGUGCUUCUGUUUCUAUCCCAGAACAAGCGCUCAGCUCAUCCACCAUAACUCAGCUGCAACCUUUUUCAACUUGGAACAUGGAUCCUCAAGGUCUUUACAAUUUGUACAAUAUGGGGUUCCAUUAAGAAUGAUCAACUAAUUUUGUCUCCAACAUCAACAGAUACUAUUCUUGGAAUCACGUCAAACUUCAAGAGGGAUUGGAAUUUUAAAUGCUACUAUUCACCUUCUUUACAGUCUUUAUUUCAGUGAUUCUUAUAGUUACCAUUCCUGAAAUCCUAGAAGUAUAAAGAUGAUGUUUUUUUUUUUUUUUGGACAUUAUUCACCAUGUUAAUUCUUACAGAACUUAUUACUACGAAAACUCCAAAAAAUUACUCAAUGAACAAAGUCUUGUUCUUCAUGUAUAGCCCCACUAUUGGAAUAAAAUAUCAUCUAUAUGAUCAACCAUCAUAAGUUUUUACAUAUUUCCACUUGUAUAAUGACUAGAGAUAUGUUUCUUGUCUGUAUGUUUACUCAAUACAAUGAAUAUAGAUAUGUCUUUGUAGGCUGUAAAAGGAGAGAAAGUGUACAGGACCACGCUAAGACUAGCAUAAAAAAGCAGAUGGGAAUAGAAAAUGACAGAGGAGGCAUUGUGUUGGAAACUUUAAGUCAUUGUUGGGGGGUCAACAAAGAUGAUAGAGAUGAGUUGAAAGGGCAGGAGCUAGGGGAAGAAAUGGCCCAGCAGCCGCCCAACUUGUGCCUCAUGCAAAUAUGCAAACUCCUUCAUUAGCACUACAAAAAGCAAAUGACAGUUCAGUCAGAUUGUAUUAAAACUAGGAUUAAACCCCUAUCAUUCUUGAUCAUUACGGAGGCCAUUAACAGUUUCAUUUUCUUCAAGCAUAUUUGUAUCAAACAUUUACCCCUAUCGGCAUUCAUUAACUGAUCCAAUUAAUAUCCAGCAAUUUUUGUUUUGUCAAA